CGGAGCACAAAACGAGCUGCAUCUGCACAACAUGAACUGGUCUUCUCAAUAGCGCCCUCCCAUUCCUAUUUCCCACAGUUCUAAAAGAUCUUCCUCCUCUCUCUGUUCAUCUCUGAAAUGUGCGCCAAACUUCAUAACCAUAGCCACCAGCUCCGGCUUGUAAUCUCCUGCCGGAAACUAAUGGCCCAGGUGACUCACCCAAGCACCGAUUCCAUAAUCGCCAUGGCCUCCUCUUCCGACCAAGAGCUCCUUCCGCGAUACCGCGACUGGCUCAACCGCUUCCCACGCCAGAACCAUCGCUUCUGGGACUCUAAGGUCGCUGCCCGCAUCGGCGACAAGCUAGCCCUUCGCCUCCGUGAGAUCGGCGUAUCCACCGUCACCGUCAAUCUCCACGAAGAGCUCUCCCGCCCUGCCUACCUCCGGAGGAUGGUGCUCCCGCUGUUCGAUUCAGUACGGCGCGCCGGCGUCGAGGUCGAUGGAGCCGACGAGUUGACCUAGGUUUUUGGAAACUGGCUCAACUUCGCUUUAUUUCCAAGAAUGAUAAAGCUUGCAAAUUUUGGCUAAAGGUUCAGCAGUCGAACAAAAGUAAACCUUUUGUUUUGUUUUUCUCCAAUUGAAAUAAACUUUUCCAAGCAGGUUUUGGAAGCUUGAUUUUGUAAGUUUCACAAAUAUUUUGUAACUGCUGGCCAAGCUAAGCUAACAUGUAUGUAUGGCAUGAAAAUUGCAAGGACUUGUUCAGUUCUCCUUA